AUGACAGCGCAGGAACAAGACACAGCUCUGCAGAUACUCUCGCCUAUGACUGCAGAGGACCUGCAGCUGCUUUCGUCGGCUCCAAUCGACGGCAACGGGACCACUGGUGCCGCCGACUACCUCUCCGCGCUGCAGGAAAUGAAGGCGAAGGGUAUCGAUCCGCAGGUGAUGCUCGCGCGCUACCAGGAGCUGGAUCCCGAGGCGCAGGACGCGCUCGGGAGAGUCCUCCAGGACGAGGAAACCAUGGAGCAGAUGAUGGACCUGGCCAAAGACCCGAACAACUUGAAAUUAUUGUCCCAGAUGUCGGAAACCAACUUUUCCAUCGAAGCCUGCACAGCGGCCAUGAUCUCCAACAACACGAACGUCACGGGCGCCACCCUCAACCUCCCCGUGCCGAUGCUGCUGCUCUCCUCGGUUGGCGGUUUUAUCCUUCUAAUCACGAUCUUUCUGAUAUGCUGCUGCUGCUGCAUCACGCUGGAGGCUCCGCACACGAGCGAUCUGCCCCGGCAGAACUGGUUGGUACUGGAAAACGUAACGUAUGAGGUGGACAACCGCGAAGGCGGUGGCGGGUUGAAGUUGAUGAAGGACGUCAGUUGCUGCUUUCGAACCGGUAUCAAGUAUAAAAGUGUCUGGGUCUGCAAAAGUGUAGAUGUGUCAUGCAGAUUUUCCAUGACGCGUGAGGUCUGGAAUGCGAGACUUAGCAUGACAGACUCUGCGAGGUCUUUGCCAUGCCUAUCCUGCAUGAGAAACUCCCUUCCAACUGGGUCAAAAGUGUGCCGCUUUUGGCACUCAUGCAACACAGAUUUUUGCAUGCUUCAGAUUUACCAUGACAAGUUGCAAUCUUCCAGACCCAGACACUUUUGCAAUGCAUAACCGGGGAGGUGGCCGCAAUUCUCGGGCCGAGCGGGUGCGGGAAAACCACGUUGCUCAACGCGAUUUCCGGGCGGACGGAGUGGAACUUGGGCGGCGGGAGGGGGUUGUCGGGGAAGGUGUAUUUGAAUAACGACGAGGUGAACGACAAGGUGCUGCAGAAAAUCGCGGGCUACGUGUUCCAGGACGACCAGCUCGUGGCCACGGAAACCGUCGCCGAGGCGGUGGAGCUGUGCGCGUCCCUGCGCGCGUCCCAUCUCUCCCCCGAGGAGCGGAGGGACCGCGUGACGAAAUUACUGAACGAAUUGGGGCUGACCAUUUGCCAGGACGUGCGCAUCGGCGACGCGCACACGAAGGGGAUCUCCGGCGGGCAGAAGCGGCGAACUUCGGCUGCGUUGGAAAUCGUGGCACAGCCUCUGAUUCUGCUUUUGGACGAGCCGACCAGCGGGCUGGACUCGUACACGUCCGUGCUCUUUGUCAAGCUGUUGAAGCACAUCGCAAAGUCGCUGAACACAAUCGUGGUCUGCACGAUUCACCAGCCCUCACUCGAGACCUUCGAGGAGUUUGACCGGACGCUCAUCUUCAAACAGGGCGAACUCAUGUUCCACGGACACAAGACGCCCAAGAUGCCAGGCCCUGCCGUGGCAGUUCCAGUUGUCACGACUCCCCGGGCAGCAGCAGGGGGAGGUGGUGCAACCGUACCGGAGGGGACGUCGUCCCCGCAGGGCACCAGCACACCGCAGACGACGCCACGCGGCGGGCGCCACCAGCGCAAACGACAGCAGAGGCUGGAAGGGAUCGGGAAAUUUCCGCAGGCAGAAGGCGAGGCGCUUCCGCAGGCAGAAGGCGAGGCAAUGUUUGACGCUAUAAUCCGCAGCAUGAAAAAGCAGGUGGGACUAGCAGCGGCAGGGUCGUCCGACGAGGACCAGGAAACAAUAAACACAGUUGCUGCAAGAACGCACAUCGGCGGCACGGGAGGAGCGGGUGCAGCAUCUUCUGCGCAGGCCCCACCACCACCUCAGGGGCUUGCUGGUAUUGGGGGAAACGCGGCUACGACGCAGAGAGCCGCCCGGACCGCCGUGAAGAGCGACCCGGUCCGGUGGACAUUGCGCGAAAAUUUGCAGGCAUGCGGCUUCCCGACGAAGGAUGGCGAAAACCUUGCGGAGACGUGUCUGAUGCUCACGCAAACCCUGUCCGCGGAAAGGAUGGCAGAAGUGGUCGAAAUCACACGAGAACAAGGGUACGACGACGAAAUGCGAAGAAUGUUGACGAAGAACGCGAACAUCUCUACGGCCGGCCAGGACAACAACAGAGGCAACAACACGGCCGCGCGGUUGGCCGCGAUUCAGAACGCGGUGACCGCCGAAGAGUCCGUGCUUUUCCCCGUGCACAUCGGCUCCCAGGUGGGGCAUUUGAUCGCUCGCGAGUGGCGGACCCGAGUGGUACGCGGGUGGGUUGGCGAGCUGUUUCAGGUGCAGGGCAUCAUCACCAGCAACCUGCUGUCCUUCAUGAUUUUCUGGGCCUGCCGCGAGAAGACCGCGGAGCGUAUUGUCGCGGAGGGCGGCACCGGGUUCAUGCUGGCGGCGAACUACAUGAGGAUCGUGAUGGGUUUGAAAACUUGCACCUGCAUGUUUCUCGUGUCCCCCAUGCUGAUCAACGCACUGGCGGAAUUCACACAGUACGCCGGCGAGCAAAACGUGUUCACGCGCGAGUACACCAGCAAAAUGUACCACUUGCCCAGCUACUUGAUCGCCAAGCUGUUCGUGGAGUUUUUCCUCAUUUGCUUCCGGUGCGCCGUGCACACGGCGAUGGUGUACCUCUUCUUCGGCUUGUACGGAGAUUGGUGGAUGUUUUUUCUGCUCUCUGUCCUGCUGUGCUUCCAGGGCGUAUCCCAGAUGGUGCUGUGCAUCGGCAUGACGGCGGACACGCUGCAGGCCAUGAGUCUGGCCAGUGUGGUGAUCGGGAUUCAACUGGUGCUCAGCGGCCAGGGCGACAGUUUUGCAACGGACGACAGCGACCGGCUGGCGCCCGGGUUCGUCAGCGGGCUGCAGUACUUGAUGGGGGUGUACUGGGCGGUGAAAGGCAUGUACCGAAACCAGCUGCAAGGCAUGUACCGCGCGUUGACAGCGUUCGACGAGACCGACGGACUGAACCUGUUGGAGGCCACAGCGUGUUCGCUGAAACGCGACGUGCGCGUCACGGACGUUGUGGCGGAAGCGAAAGGAAUCCUGCGGGAAGCCGCACCAGAUAAUUUAUACAACUCGGCCGUGUUUGAAAUAGCGGUGUUGUUCACCAGCUUCGUUGCGUACAGAAUACUAGCAGGACUGUUGCUCAAGUGGCGGAAUCGGUACGCCAUGCAUUAGAAGAUAUUACUCGAUCUUCCGAGUCGUAAUUCUAAUCCCAAAGUUCUGAGAUAGAUUGAAGCUUUGAGCGCUAGGUACAGAUCAGGAAUCGGUAUGAAUGAAAAG